UCAUCAAAGUGUGAUCGACCUGUCUUCCUUUCUCCCUCCUCCUCGCCCUUGUCCUUCUCCGCCUUGUCCUCGACAUCCACAACACAGCAGCCAUGAACAUUGGCGACCUCCUCCAGGAGACCCCGUCCGACGACAAGGCCCGCCGGCAAAACCAGAACAGAGAACGCGACCGCGAAACGCGCGAUGCCCAGCCGCUUCCCCACGUCCCCGACCGCCAGCCGCCUCCCGACCAACAGCGCGAUAGCUGGAACAAGUACGACCGCUACAGUGGUGAUAGGAGGGACAAGUGGCCACCAAUCAUGCCUGGCGACGCGUACGGGGGCUACCGCGGUAUGCGCGAAACCGCGGGCCCCGGCUGGCCGCCGUACCAGCCACUUCCAACCGACGCGCUCCCAGGCGGCCGGCCACGCAGUGGCAUGCUCCCGGGCGGCUCAGCAGCACAUCCUCCGUCGAUGGGCUACCCUAGCGAAUACCACAUGCACCCCUCGCACGCCGCGGCGUCUUCCCCGUCGUCCGCCGGCCCAGCACCCAUGUACCCUCCCUCCAUCCUCGGCCCCGGCGCGGUGCAGAGUCAGCGCCCCAUGUCGAUCGGGCUCGGAGGCUCCUCGUCUUCGUCGGGUCCCAUGCUUAGCGGAUACGCCGAACCAUCGCCCUUCCACGGCACUUCGGCCCAGUCCAUCACCGGCCCCGGCCAGCCGCCGGGCCCGCCGCCGACCGUGUCCGGUCAAUCGAGCCAAGCACCACGACGGUCUCAGCCGUUACAAGGGCCCGCGCAGCCACAUCGUUCGCCGGCCAUGAGCACCUCGUUACGCCAGGAUUUGCCUGGGUGGGGACCAGGGAGGCCGCCUAUAAGCACAGCAGAAAUGAUCGAAAGAGACCAGCAGGAGCGCGAGCGCGAACAGCGCGACCGGUCGCGUCUGGCACAGAUGGAUUGGGAAAGAGAACGAAUAGAGCGCGAAAGGGAUCGGGAGCGGCGAAAGGCACUAAAGCCGGACGACCCCGUAUACAUGAUGCCCAAGCAUCCCACUUCGAGACGCGAUUCUACCUCCAAUAUCAACCCAAAUCUGAAUUCUGGCGCACCAUCAUCGAGCAAGCGCCCCCCUGCGCCUUCCAAGCGCGAGCACAGCAAGAAGGAACGGGAGGUCAUCUCAGUGGAGGACGACGAAGCGCAGCGCGAGGCAGACGAGUUGCGCGCUCGCAACGUCCCGCUUCAACAGCUACGCCAAACAAGGGAGCAAGUCCAGGGCGAGCUCUUAGUCCUACAGCCGCAUGCACCCAACGCUCCCCCACCUGGCAUGAUCGGCUACGGUCACGACAUGCGCGACCGUAUGCCGGGGCACCCGAACCUGCCCCCUCUACACCAUCCUUCCCAGACAAUGUACCCGACACCCCCAGCUCCCCCGCCAGGCCAGUACGCGCAGAUGAACCGCGACCCGAUGAGCCGUGACCCCCUACGGACCUUCCAGAACCAGUUCCACACCGGCUGGGUGCAGGAAGAGCCCGUCUCGUUGACAGGCUCGCCGCAGCCGAUCGCCCGUGAGCGCGAGAUGCGCGAUCGCGAGCGGGACCGGGAGCGCCGCAAGUCCAAGCCGGGCAAGGCGCGCGGGGAAGUCCACGAGCGCGACAGGGAUCGCGAGAGGCGCGAGCGGCGAAGCGAGCUCAUGAACAUGAUGUACGAGCCGCCGGUGUACGUGGAUCGCCCGCGCGAGACGUACCCCGAGAAGAUUGCGCUGGACGUGGUGGAGUGGGACCGCGAGAAGGAGGUGCGCGCGAAGACGACCGUGCACCUUGGCACGCACAUCUACCCCCGCGUCCCCUUCCCGUAUUUCUUCGACAUUGCCCCUGGCGCAGAUGAGAAGGAGAAGCGAGCGGAGGCGGCACCCGUCGAUCCUGCAGCAGCGGCUGCAGCCGACUCCGUCGAGGUCGAUACGGAGACGCGCGCCACCGUCUUGAUCCCCGCAGCGCAUCUUCCGACCGAGCGUCCGAAGCGCAUCCGCGUCUGGGGUGGCGGGCUCGUUCCUCCACCCGGAUACGAAGAGUCGCGUCGCCGACGCAACAAAGACAGCGACACCCGCGGGCGGCGGCGCAUAUACACAGACGACUCGGAUCUCUUCAGCUGCGCCGUGCACGCCGGAUGGGCUACCUGGAGCAUGGCUCGCCAGGCGCGGCGCGAGGGCUGGGAUAUGCGCGUCGAGCUUCGCGUGCUGCGUUGUGCUGCUAGCGGGGCGUGCGGGAAUGGGAAGGAGGAGCUGGUGGGCCGCUUUGUUGGCGGGCCGGGCGAGAGAUUCUUUGGCACGCGUCCGGCUGAGUGGUCGGACGAGGACAGUGAUGAUGACGAGGAUGAAGUGAUGACGAGCGCAGGAUGGGGGACAGGGCACGAUGGGAGCGCUAUUGAGCUGCUGAAGGUUGAGUUCGUCAAGGGUGUCGCGCGCGCACUUGGACAGAAGAACCGCACGCAGCGUAUCUUGGAGUACAAUGAGCGGCGAGUUGACCUUUCGCCCUCGCCACCAUCGCACAAGAGCGUUCGGUCUCGCAAGCCCAAGCGAGCAUGGCCAGGUCCCCUACCAAACGCGAUUCCGAAGAUACACCUGCCACCUUUGGAGGCGUCAUUGCAGGGCGAAUGCCCGCGGCCGCCAACUGUGUUCGACUUGGAGGCGGACAAGCGGGCCAUGGAGAUGCGCACAGUCAAGCUCACGUUCGGGAAGGACAACAAGGCCUUCUGUGCUGGGUACAAGUACGAUCCUGACGAGCUGAGGGACGCGCUCUUUCCUCCUCGUGACGAGCCUCCCACGAAGCGCCGCAGGCUCAACGAGGACGAUGGUCUCGAGCCAUUAGACGUGAACAUGGCGCACCUGCCUGUGUCUUCGUCCAAUGGUGACGAGAGCAGCGAAGAGUCGCGCCAACCUGUCAUUCUGGAGACGCCGAAGGAGCGCUACCUCCUCACCCCGGCGAAGCAGGGCACAUAUGACCUUGCUCUCGUCGUCGACGGCUCAUCACAAUCCAACACGUCCGACACGGAUGCGAAGCAGUCGGCCACGAACGGUGCCGAUGGGCCGCAAUCCGCGUCGAAGGAGGACUCCUCAUCGGCACCGACGGAAGAUGCGUCGUUGGAGCCUGGAGAGCUACCCGAAACCAAUCCAGUCGGAGAGCCAUCCACCAACGGCGAUCCCAAGCCAGCCACCAGCGAGAGCGAGUCGAAGCCUGAGGGCGACGGCGCCGACUCGCAUCCUCCAGAGUCACGACCGAAGCGCUCCAACAAGCGCAAGGGUGCCUCCGCUCGCAAGGAGUCGCCGAAAUACGCUGUGCCACCAGCGAAUCGCGUUGAGGAGGAAGUGGACAUGGAUGCCUUCGAGUUCGGCUCGUCAGGGCUCACAUGCCGGGGGAAUAGGAUACCCUUGGUGUCGUGGAAGUUUGUACCGGUGGAGGCUUCGUGAGGUGGAUGAGCCCUUAUUUUGGACGUGUGCAUACGCCCUGUAUUGGACCUCGUAUAUACCUACUUUGCUGCAUUUUUAUUCGAAUUUCUUGUUUUCACAACUGUAAAGCAAACACUAAAGCCUUCGAUGAACGUCUACAGUGC